AUGAAGGGUCCUCAGAGACAGCCGUCCAUCGACUCCUCCGUCCAAUCCUCCGAAGACGGGCGCGCGCUGUACUUCCGCAAAGAUCUGGACACCAUCUCCCAGGACAGCCGAAACGGGGAACUGUCUUUUCUGCUGCAGGGGCCGGCAGCCAAGGCGGCCAUCCACAAAGGGACGCUGAGUGAGCCAGUGAAGCGAGCUCACAGAGUUAAAAUUCAUGAACCGCCGGAGACCAGGAGAGGCAUCUUCAGCCGGAUGUCCUCCACUGAUUCCCAUCAUUCUGGCGUUGCGCCCUGCAUGAGAGCGGAAAGCUUUGACCUCGAGACCUUUUCCCAGCCUUCUUGUGCCGACGGUCCUGCUCUCGACAGCCAAAAUCCGAUCAUUCAAGAGGAGCUGGAGAACGAGUUACCAGAGUCAGACUGCGCUGAGCAGCAGACAGUUCAGACAUCUGAGCCACAGCAGCCAGAAGUGUCUGGAGAAGCCCCCCCGGCCCCCCCGGCCCCCCCGGCCCCCCUGGCCCCCCUGGCUCCCCCGGAGCCCGACGGGGACAUCGCCACCGCCACAGAACCCGAUCCGCCGCCACAACCUGAGAGUCAGGCAGACCCCCUCCCUCAGCCUCAGCCUGUGCCACAGCCCGAAGCCAAAGCCCCCCCACUCGUCGCCCCGUCCUCCCCCGCCAGGGUCAGACGGACUUUAGAGGCCCCCGCCAACCCCCGGCCGUCCCCGCCCGUACGGACAAAGGCCCGCUCACGCAGUUGCCCCCGGAAACCGACUACCUCCCCGCAGACGCCCAUGGCGAGCCGCAGGCCGGCCCUGCAGUGGCAGGCGCAGCGCGCCCAGAGCCACGGCGGCUACAGCCACCAGGCCAGCCGCAUCCCCAACGGCCUCAGCCUGUCCGACAGCUCGUCCAGCAGCAGCGACAGCCUGGAGCUCCUGCCCCGUGGCGGCGGGCAGCAGGAGGGCACCCUGCAGAGGGAAAUGAAGGCCCUGUUCGACCAGAAGAUGAGGGAGAUCCGCUGCAAAUCGCCGCUUUUCCAGGACGGUGAGUAUUUGAGGUGAAACAACAGAGAGA